AUGGCUUGGGUUUAUAGUUGUUGCUUUUGGUUUUCACUUAGAUUAGGCGGUAUUUUAAUCGGAAUAUUUUCAGCGAUACAAGGUAUUAUCCUCUUGAUAGUUUGUGGUGUUGGGUGUUCUGAACCGGAAAAAAUUAAACAAAAAAUAGCAGUUUGGAUAAACGACGUUAAUCUGAUAUACACAAAGGAUUACGUUGAAACUUUGCAAACAGAUCCAAAAAAGGCUCUUGGAAUAAUCAUUGUAUUGACGUGCAUCUACAUUAUAAUAUGUUUGCUAUAUGUGUACGGAGCCUACAAGUGUAACAAUGUUCUCAUGGUGGUUUAUAUAUUAGUCGAAUUGGUGCGUCUCAUUGCCCUGACCACCUUCGUAACAACAAUGUUAUUGAUGUUAAAACAAAACACAAUGGAUAUUGGUCUUCUUAUAGCAGUGAGUGUGGUCGGAGGUUUCGUUUUAUUGGGUAUGUUUUAUAUGUGGGUGUGUGCGGCGAAUUUACCAAUUGUAAUAAAUGAGAAGAAACAUGAUGAACAAGCUGCGACCAUUGCUAAAUUACAUCAACUUUUGAAUGCAAAUAAAGCCAAGACAACGGGCUUAGACGAUACUUCGAGGUUGGUUAAUAACGAGUACUCGUAUCAUAACAAUGUAUUUGUCGUAUCGAACAAAAAUAUACCAGGGGUUAAAGAUAUGCGUCAGACAGUCCGAGGUUUUAGAAUUUCUGUGCCGUACUACUCAUCGGGCUUUAACAAUUAA